AUGGUCAAGAAGGAUAAAAAGCUCUGGAAGUACGGGAAGUAUUCUGAUAGAACGAAGGAUACCCUUCUUGCUAGUUCAGAUCAUCCGAAGAUCUUAUUCUGUGUAGAUGGCUACAUGCUUCAAUCUGUCAGUAACCUCCUGAACACUGUCACCGUCUACUAUAGAGGCUACCAAAUCACCCCCCUCAAUUACGGCGAAGAAGCCAUCGCUUUCUUCCUAGAUCAACUUCAUGAUCCCGAGCCAGAGCCGCCUAAGACCUGGGCGGUAGCCAAACACGCCUUGAAUUUGUGUAGAGAGUACAGAAGCGGUAUCAUCGAAGAGAUGAUUAGAGGGCAACUGGACUCUGUGGUUGAUCAGGCACCAUGGGAGAUAUUCUGCUUGGCUAAUGGACACGAUGACAUUCGAUUAGCGAAGAAGUCUCUGAGGGUCAUGUCAAAAGACCAGCAGUUCAGGACCAUGUCACUGAAUAAUCUUGGAUUGGAAGAAGCGGCGAAGCCAUCGUUGUCGUAUCUAUUGGGCUUACUGAAGGUUAUGGGUCCGUCUAAUCAUGAUUGGCCUCGGAUAGCUCAAGAUUUUGCGCCCCUCUCGUGA